AUGCGGUACACCACCCUCUUGGCCCUGCUGACUGGGGUCAUGCUGUACCUGGGGAUGGGGGCGCUUGUUUUCCGCACCCUUGAGGCCCCCAAGGAGAGCUCGUCAUACGAAGACCUGCUGAGAACCAAGCAAACCUUCCUGGAUAAUAACUCCUGUGUCACUGAGCUGGACUUCCACAAGCUGAUAAAGGGAGUGGUGUCUGCGGUGGACGCCGGCCUGGAUGUGAGCAGACUGUCUGACAACUUCACCAGUCGGUGGGACGGACCCUCCGCUUUCUUCUUCUGUGGUUCCAUCAUCACCACCAUAGGCUUUGGGAACCUGUCUCCUCGGACAUGGUACGGCCAGCUGUUCUGCGUGUGCUACGCCCUGGUGGGCAUCCCCAUGUUUGGCAUCCUGCUGGCUGGAGUGAGCGAUCACAUGGGCACCGUGCUGCGGAGAGCUGUGGCCAAGAUUGAAACCCUCUUUCUGAAACGUAUGGUCAGGCCGACCACCGUGCGUGUGAUCUCGGCAGUUCUCUCCAUCCUGAUUGGUUGUCUGAUCUUCCUCGCCGUGCCGACGGUCGUGUUUCAGAGAGUGGAGGACUGGUCGUUUCUGGAGUCUCUCUACUUUGUCGUCAUCACUCUCACCACUGUCGGCUUCGGAGACUAUGUACCAGGUGGUGGUCGUGAGGAUGGCCUGUUCUUCAAGCCUCUGGUGUGGUUGUGGAUAGUUUUUGGUCUCGCCUACUUUGCCUCCAUCCUCACCAUGAUCGGCAACUGGUUGAGGGUGCUGUCGAAGAGGACUCGCGCUGAGAUGGAGGAGUUGAGAGCCCAUGCCACAGACUGGACCCAGAACAUCCAGAACAUGUCCAUGGACUUCCGCAUCCCAAACCCUCUGGAGUUCAAGGACCCCUUCCUCCUGCAGCGCCGACGCUGGAAACGCAGUGAGCGCCGUCACAUCCGUCGGGGAGCCGAGGGCACUCUGGGAUACUGGGAUCAAGGGGGAUCUCAGAAUGGAUACCUGCCAAACCGCUGGGGCGGCCUCUCUAAUUCCAUGAGCCAGCUGGAGGCCCAUUCAUCUAUCGAGAGGGCGGUGGUGGCGAAAUCCAGGCCACGGGUCAGGGCUGUUGGAGGGGCAACUGUCCCGAGAGCAGGGCCUGGGCUGAGGGUCGACCCCACUGUGGGUCUGCAGGUGGAGCGAAGUGGCCUGCUCCACCUCUAG